AUGGCCCAACACAAAGCAUUACUCCUUCUUGAAAAGUAUGGCGAACUCGAAGUAAAGACUCGUCUCACCCCUAUCCCGCAGGGAGGUCAAGCUCUCGUCAAGGUUAAUGCUGCUGCAAUCAACCCUGCAGAUUGGAAGGCCAAAAAUUUCCCGACCGUUCUGGGAGUCGACGGUGCUGGAAUCGUCGAAGUAGUCGGUCCAGAAGUGACCAACUUCAAGGUCGGAGAUAGAGUGUUUUUCCAGGGACUUUAUGAUAGUUCCGAUGAAACAGUAUUCCAAGAGAAAGCUAUCGUCGAUACCGAUAUCAUUUCCAAGAUCCCAGACAACAUCACUGAGGACGAAGCGUCGACUAUUCCAUCCGCUACUAUUGCGGCGUGGGUUGGUCUCUUCCAAAAGACUGGCAUCGAAGUUCCAACAAGCAGCCCUACCGCCAAUGGAAAGGGUGUUCUAAUCUUAGGAGGAAGUUCGUCCGUUGGCCAAUUUGGUGGGUGGUGUUUCGGAGUAUCAAUUUCUAUUUCAUAUAUAUUAUUUACCGACCCGGAACUUGACCAAGGCAUCCAACUCGCUCGCAUUGCUGGUUUCUCACCAAUUGUCACUACUGCAUCGGCUCAGCACGCCGACUUCCUCAGGUCACUUGGAGCAACUCGUGUCUUUGACCGCAACGUGGAUACAAAAGCUGUCCAAUCCGCUUUCCCCACACCUGUGUCUCUUGUUCUAGACUCAAUCUCCAUUGCUGCUACUCAGGAGUUCGCUUUUGAGGUCUUGACUACUCCCUCUCCUGUACCGGACGCACACCUUGUACUCGUGCUCCCGCCCACCGAUUCGCUCAAUGAGCAGAACUCUGGAGAAACGAUUGCCGUGCAUACUGCCUACGGUAGCUCUCAUAGGUUUAAGGACCUAACCAUGCCAUUCUGGCGAAAUAUCGAACAGUGGAUCAAGGAUGGCAAAUUUGUACCCAACCGAGUACAAGUAGUGAAGGGAGGUCUGGCUGCGCUGCCGGAGGCUAUAGAUCUCUCGCGCAAGGGUGUGAGCGGUGUCAAGGUUGUCAUCCACCCUCAGGAGUAA